AUGAUCAUCGUCGGCCGUCUCGCCGACGCCCCGGAAAUCGUCGCGACGAGCAGGGGGCAGGACAUGAUCAGGUACGCGCUGGCGACGAACCACGGGCCCAAAGAUAACAGGCAGACGAGUUGGUGGAAGGUCGCGUCGUUCUUGCCCGAGGGCGGGGCGAGGGACCUCUUGAUGGCGUUGGGGAAGGGCUCCCUCGUAUACGUCGAAGGCGACUGCAGCAUGAACAAGUUCCAAAACAAGGAUGGGAUCGCCUCCAGCGCGUUGAAUAUCGUGCAGAGGAAUUUUGAAAUCCUGGACCGUAGGGAUCCGAGGGCUGAGGGACAGAUUGAGGGCGAGUAG